AAUUCGUCCCGCCUUCGUCGCCAUUUUUUUGCCGGACCACCACCGCAUUGUUAUCCUCACUUAUCUAGCUUCCACUGCUCGUCGAUAAGGAAGAGAAGUCUUUGUCUUAUUUAUUUUAUUUGCUCUGACUCCCCCUAUACAUAGCUUGAUCCUCAACUGCGCCAAUCCCACAACCCGGUUAGAGAGAAACCGACUUUUUUUGAUUCAAUAUGGCAACAGCCACCAUGACGAUGCGGCCAGAGACGCUGGCAAAAAAGUCCAAACUGCCCCCAGAAAACGAACGGUUUAUGCGCGCGUGCUCUGAUGUUGCGAAUGUUCUCAUCCAAGAGUACGAGUCUCAGCGAGACCCUACCAAACCCAAGAGAGACCUCAAUUUAAACAAGCUGCGGGGUCAAAUAGCGAAGAAGCAUUCGCUGCAAGCGCAGCCUCCGCUCACUGCUAUCAUUGCUGCUGUCCCUGAACAUUACAAGAAAUAUAUCCUUCCUAAACUGAUUGCAAAGCCAAUUCGCACGUCUUCUGGAAUCGCUGUCGUUGCCGUCAUGUGCAAGCCUCACCGUUGCCCACACAUCGCCUAUACGGGAAACAUCUGUGUGUAUUGCCCAGGGGGUCCAGAUUCGGAUUUCGAAUACUCAACGCAGUCAUACACUGGUUACGAACCGACAUCGAUGAGAGCCAUCCGUGCGCGAUACGAUCCUUUCGAGCAAGCCCGAGGCCGUGUUGACCAGCUGAAAUCCCUCGGACACAGUGUCGACAAGGUGGAAUAUAUCAUCAUGGGUGGCACAUUCAUGUCCCUUCCAGAGGACUACAGGGAUACCUUCAUAUCACAACUCCACAACGCGCUCAGCGGAUAUCAAACGGAUAACGUUGACGAGGCCGUGCAGGCUGGUGAAAUGAGCAAUAUAAAAUGCGUAGGUAUUACAAUCGAGACUCGUCCCGACUAUUGUCUGGAUACACAUCUCAGCAGUAUGCUGCGUUACGGGUGUACGAGAUUGGAGAUUGGAGUGCAGAGUCUGUAUGAAGAUGUUGCUAGAGAUACAAACCGAGGACACACGGUCGCAGCUGUUGCAGAAACAUUCAAACUGGCCAAGGAUGCUGGGUUCAAGGUGGUCAGCCACAUGAUGCCUGACUUGCCGAACGUCGGGAUGGAGCGUGAUAUUGAUCAGUUUCGGGAGUAUUUCGAAAACCCAGCUUUCCGCACAGAUGGUUUGAAGAUUUAUCCCACGCUUGUCAUUCGUGGUACCGGUCUUUAUGAGUUAUGGAGGACAGGACGAUACAAGAAUUACACGCCAAAUGCGCUCAUUGACAUAGUUGCGAGGAUCUUAGCUUUAGUGCCACCUUGGACUCGUAUCUAUCGAGUGCAACGCGAUAUUCCCAUGCCGCUGGUCACUUCCGGUGUUGAGAACGGAAACCUUCGUGAACUUGCUCUGAGCCGAAUGAAGGACUUCGGCACUACAUGUCGUGAUGUACGAACGCGAGAGGUUGGAAUUAACGAAGUGAAAAACAAGAUCCGACCUUCUCAGAUUGAGUUGGUGCGACGCGAUUAUACCGCCAACGGAGGCUGGGAGACUUUCCUGGCAUACGAAGAUCCCAAGCAGGAUAUCCUAAUUGGCCUCUUGCGCUUGCGCAAGUGUAGCUCAACUCAUACGUUCCGCCCUGAACUCACUGGGCAACAAACCAGUCUUGUUCGAGAGCUUCAUGUGUACGGUUCUGCCGUUCCAUUACAUGGUCGAGACGCUCGUAAAUUUCAGCAUCGCGGGUUCGGAACACUUUUGAUGGAAGAAGCCGAACGUAUCGCCAGAGAAGAGCAUGGGAGCCAGAAGAUCAGUGUCAUUUCUGGCGUUGGUGUCCGAAGUUAUUAUGGACGUCUGGGGUACAGCCUCGAUGGUCCGUAUAUGUCCAAAAGGCUAGAGCCUUUUGGUGACGAUGAAUAAUGAAUGAUCGGGCCCGAAUAUAUGAUGGCGAAUACCCAGCUGAUCAUGCAUAUGGAUUCACGUACUUUGCAUUGGCGGCGUUGACGAUGAGGCGUCGAUAGGUGUUUCAAUGAGGGCUUUUUUGUUUGUAUUUGAUGGUAAAUGGUGAUUCACUGUAUAAAGAAACAUUUAAUUGGUUAAGUAUCAUAAAUAUAUUCGAAAUAUAUAUAUAUCCGCCGAGUUCGAAACCGCAUAGCAAUUGAUAUAUUUAUCAGAGGUUACUAUGUUCCUUACAAAUUUAGCCCAAUUAACACAAAUAUAUCGUUC